GCAGUUGGCGGCGCUGCGGCGGUGGCGGCGGGUGGCAGUUGGGGCGAGCGGGCUUCCCUCCCUCCCUUCCUCCCCCUCUCCCCUCCCCUGCCGGGCCCGUGAGGUCUCCCCGGAGCCGGGCUGGGCCGCGCCGGCACCAUGGAGCUGGAAGACGGCGUGGUGUACCAAGAGGAGCCCGGCGGCUCCGGGGCCGUGAUGUCGGAGCGGGUGUCCGGCCUGGCGGGCUCCAUCUACCGCGAGUUCGAGCGCCUCAUCGGGCGCUACGAUGAGGAGGUGGUGAAGGAGCUGAUGCCGCUGGUGGUGGCGGUGCUUGAGAACCUGGACUCGGUGUUCGCGCAGGACCAGGAGCACCAGGUGGAGCUCGAGCUGCUGCGGGACGACAACGAGCAGCUCAUCACCCAGUACGAGCGCGAGAAGGCGCUGCGCAAGCACGCCGAGGAGAAAUUUAUUGAAUUUGAAGAUUCCCAAGAACAGGAAAAAAAGGACUUACAAACUCGAGUGGAAUCCUUAGAGUCCCAAACAAGACAACUUGAACUCAAAGCAAAAAACUAUGCUGACCAGAUUAGCAGACUCGAAGAGCGAGAAUCAGAGUUGAAGAAAGAAUAUAAUGCGCUACAUCAAAGGCACACAGAGAUGAUCCAUAAUUAUAUGGAACACUUAGAAAAAACAAAACUUCAUCAGCUAUCAGGGAGUGAUCAACUAGAAUCCACAACUCAUAGUAGAAUUAGAAAAGAACAGCGCCCUAUAUCAUUAGGAAUCUUCCCACUGCCUGCAGGAGAUGGACUGCUUACCCCUGAUACUCAGAAAGGAGUUGAUACACCAGGAUCAGAAAAUUGGAAAUUCCAAGAAUUAAGCCAACCUCGUUCUCAUACCAGCCUUAAGGAUGAACUUUCUGAUAUUAGCCAAGGAGGAUCAAAGGCAACUACUCCAGCAUCAACAGCUGCUUCAGAUGUUGCAGCAAUUCCUCCUGAUACUCCUUUGAAGGAAGACAAUGAAGGAUAUUUGAAGGCUGCAGAUAAAUCAGAGAUAGGCAAGCAUAUUGAAGUACAGGUAGCUCAAGAUACUAGGAGUGUGUCGAUUGGCUCUAAUGAAAAUGAAGAUAAAUCAGAAGUGCAAGCAAUCAUUGAAUCCACUCCUGAGCUGGAUAUGGAUAAAGAGCUCAGUGGAUAUAAAGGCUCAAGUACUCCUACCAAAGGUAUAGAGAAUAAAGCUUUUGACAGAAAUACAGAAUCUCUCUUUGAAGAAUUAUCUUCAGCUGGCUCUGGCUUGAUUGGAGAUGUAGAUGAAGGAGCAGAUUUACUGGGGGAAUAUUCUGACCAUAAUUUCUUGGGAAUGGGUCGUGAAGUUGAGAAUCUUAUUCUGGAAAACACACAACUCUUGGAAACCAAAAAUGCUUUGAAUGUAGUGAAGAAUGAUCUGAUAGCAAAAGUGGAUGAGUUGACCUGUGAGAAGGAUGUGCUACAAGGAGAACUAGAGGCUGUGAAGCAAGCCAAACUGAAACUGGAAGAGAAAAACAAAGAAUUGGAAGAAGAGCUUAGAAAAGCUCGAGCAGAAGCUGAAGAAGCAAGGCAGAAAGCAAAAGAUGAUGAUGAUAGUGACAUACCCACAGCUCAGAGGAAACGCUUUACUCGAGUAGAGAUGGCACGUGUCCUCAUGGAAAGAAACCAGUAUAAAGAGAGGUUGAUGGAGCUUCAAGAAGCUGUGCGAUGGACAGAGAUGAUAAGGGCAUCAAGAGAAAAUCCAGCCAUGCAGGAAAAAAAAAGGUCAAGCAUUUGGCAAUUCAUGCCAACUGGUUUCAGCCGACUUUUUAGUUCUUCAAGUAAUACCUCCAAGAAGCCUGAACCCCCAGUUAAUCUAAAAUAUAAUGCACCAACUUCCCAUGUUACCCCCUCUGUCAAGAAAAGAAGCAGCACUUUAUCUCAACUACCUGGGGAUAAAUCGAAAGCUUUUGACUUCCUUAGUGAAGAAACUGAAGCCAGUUUAGCUUCUCGAAGAGAACAGAAGAGAGAACAGUACCGUCAGGUGAAGGCGCAUGUUCAGAAGGAAGAUGGCAGAGUGCAAGCUUUUGGCUGGAGUUUGCCCCAGAAGUACAAACAGGUAGCAAAUGGUCAGGGUGAAAAUAAGAUGAAAAAUUUGCCUGUGCCUGUCUAUCUUAGACCUUUAGAUGAAAAAGAUGCAUCAAUGAAGCUGUGGUGUGCUGUUGGUGUCAAUUUAUCUGGUGGGAAGACAAGAGAUGGUGGCUCUGUGGUUGGAGCCAGUGUGUUUUAUAAUGAUGUGACAACUCUGGAUGCAGAAGACAACAAGCAACGCAGUGCCUCUCAGAGCAGCUUGGAUCGCUUAGAUCAGGAGCUCAAGGAGCAGCAGAAGGAAUUAAAACAUCAGGAAGAAUUAUCCAGUCUCGUCUGGAUCUGCACCAGCACUCACUCAGCCUCCAAAGUUCUUGUUGUCGAUGCUAAUCAACCUGGCAACAUCCUUGACAGUUUUACUGUUUGCAAUUCCCACGUUCUUUGUAUUGCAAGUGUCCCAGGGGCACGAGAAACAGAUUAUCCUGUAGGAGAAGAGACAACAGAAUCUAGUCAAGUGGACAAAGCCUCUUUAUGUGGUAGCAUGACCAGCAACAGUUCAACUGAAACAGACAGUUUGUUGGGAGGCAUCACUGUGGUUGGUUGUACUGCAGAAGGUGUUCUAGGCCCAGCUUCUUCACCCAAUACCAACGGUUCUUCCCCAGUGAUAGAAAAACCACCAGAAACAGAAACAGAAAAUAGCGAGGCAGAUGAAACCAUUCCAACAGCAGAAGAAGCGACUGAGGCAACGGAAGGAAAUGCAGGAUCAGGGGAAGAUAUUGUGGAUCUCACCCAACCUGGCGUCUACACCGAACAUGUCUUCACGGAUCCCUUGGGGGUGCAAAAUACUGAAGAGGGAUCUCCUGUAUACCAUUCAAGUCAUGAAUCAGAUGUAUAUAAAGAUCAAAUAACAGUAUUGCCUAGUGAACAAGACCUGGUGCGAGAGGAAGCUCAGAAAAUGAGUAGCCUUUUACCAACCAUGUGGCUUGGAGCACAGAAUGGAUGUUUAUAUGUGCAUUCAUCAGUGGCUCAGUGGAGGAAAUGUCUCCAUUCCAUUAAACUUAAAGAUUCAAUUCUCAGUAUUGUACAUGUGAAAGGAAUUGUAUUGGUUGCACUGGCUGAUGGAACACUAGCAAUUUUUCAUAGAGGAGUUGAUGGUCAGUGGGAUUUGUCAAACUAUCACCUUUUGGACUUAGGACGGCCUCACCAUUCAAUCAGAUGCAUGACUGUGGUACAUGAUAAAGUCUGGUGUGGCUAUAGGAAUAAAAUCUAUGUGGUUCAACCAAAGGCCAUGAAAAUAGAGAAAUCAUUUGAUGCCCACCCAAGGAAAGAGAGCCAAGUGAGACAGCUGGCGUGGGUCGGUGAUGGGGUGUGGGUCUCAAUUCGUUUGGAUUCUACCCUCCGUCUCUAUCAUGCACAUACAUAUCAGCAUCUACAGGAUGUGGACAUUGAACCUUAUGUAAGCAAAAUGUUAGGUACUGGAAAAUUGGGCUUCUCUUUUGUGAGGAUCACCGCUCUUAUGGUAUCUUGUAAUCGUUUAUGGGUAGGGACAGGAAAUGGUGUCAUUAUCUCCAUCCCACUAACAGAAACUGUAAUCCUCCACCAGGGACGUUUACUGGGGCUGAGGGCAAAUAAAACCUCAGUAGGACCUGGAAACCGUCCUGGAAGUGUAAUUCGUGUGUAUGGUGAUGAAAAUAGUGAUAAAGUAACUCCAGGAACAUUCAUACCUUAUUGCUCAAUGGCACAUGCCCAACUCUGCUUUCAUGGACAUCGGGAUGCUGUCAAAUUCUUUGUUGCAGUACCAGGUCAGGUGGUCAGCCCACCAAAUGCUGCUGCUGCUGGUGGUGUUGGUGUUGGUGGCAGUGGUGGGGCCAGUGGCGGCAGUGGCACAGAACUAGCAGGUGACAAGCCAGGACCACCCGCACAGGAAUCCAGUCAGAGUCCCUUGAAGUCCAUGCUUGUGAUUAGCGGAGGGGAGGGAUAUAUAGAUUUCAGAAUGGGUGAUGAAGGUGGAGACUCAGAACUCCUGGGAGACGCCCUCUCACUUGAACCCUCUGUGGCCAAAGCUGAAAGAAGUCACUUGAUCGUGUGGCAAGUGAUGCAUGGCAAUGAAUGAAUGCAGCGGAAGUAGCUGGGGAGGAGAGAAGUCUCUUCUGCAUGGUUCCCCCAUCCUCACCCCUCUUUAUUUAAUGCUCUUUUUGUGGAAUCAGUUUCACUACAUAAUGUUUGAGCAUUUUUCCUGUUAACUUUAUAUUACAGAAUCUGUCCUACCAUAACAAUACAGGAACUAGCUGUUUUACUACACCAGUGUUAUAGGCAACUUCAGUGUAUUAUGAACAAAUCAGAGAAUGUUUACUUUCUUAAAACUGGUGAACUAUAGUAAGCAAUCCACAUGUGGUUUAUUGCACCACAAUCUAACAUAAUUCACUUCUUUUGAUGGAAUCACUUUUUAGCUGUCACUAAUAAUGGAGUUGAUGGAAAACACUUGAUAAAUUAAGCUGUCUGUACUAUUAAGUAAAAUUGCAAAGUUUCCCCCCGGUGUAUUAUAAAACUGACAAAAACUAAUAACAGGUGGAAUCAUCUGGAUUUAUCUAAAUGUCCUUGGAGGGCAAAAAGAAAAAUGUAAAUUACUUUAACUUUCAUUUUCAAAUCUGACAAAUCUUGUUUAUAUAGUAUAUAAAACUUUGUCAUUUCCAUCAGAUUUUAGGGGGGUGGGGUUUGUAUUAAAGAAAUUAAGACUAUGUUAUUUAAAUAAAAGUUUCAUGUUUCUGACUUCUUAGAGCUCUAAAAUUUAUGAAGACUGUUGCUCUGAAUAUCCUAAAUUGUUUGGAGAACAGUCUCUCCCACUUUCAUACUGAUGUGUCCCGAAGGUAUGUUACUAUAAGGCUUAAAAAGAGAUUCUUCAGCACUGAGAUGAUUUUAAAAAGGAAAAUUGUGUUUUGUAUUCCUUGUACAGGGGAUGGUGGGGCUUUUUUUUUUUUUUUUGGCUUUUUUUGGUUUGGUUUGUUUUGUUUUUCAUCCCAUGUAAAAAUUCACCUCUUUUCCAUUUGUUUCUGAAGAGGUCUUACUUGUUAAUAAGAUAAAAGCUAUAAUAAUAGUGGAGUAGAGCCUAACCAACUGGGAGAUCUGAUUAGAGAAAGUAUUUUCUACUGUAUGUGUAAACUAUAGAACAGCUAGCACUUGGCACUCUAGAUGUAAAUAACACAAGUUUUUGCACCAUAUGGAGAUGAAAAAAGGCCAUGGUUAACGAGGAAAGAUUGCAUGAGGGAAACCAAGCCAAUAUGUAUUCCUAACUUAAGAUUGAUACUACAUCUCUUCCUUCGCUGUGGGCAUCCCUCUUUCUUCUGUUUUAACCAGAUUAAAGAUUCUGGUUCUAACAACAAUUUUUCUCACUUGAUUGGUUUUUAAAACCAUAAUGCUGCAAUAAUGAUUCUCACCUUAACUUUUUUAAAGUGUAUAAUCUAUAGUUACUUUUCCUUCUCUGUUAUUUUAAGCAGAGAUAAAUUAAGUGAUAAUUUUUUAAAAUGUAAACCUAUAGUGUAGAUGUUCCAAAUUCUAGUAACUGCUUCAAAAAAGGGAAAAGCAGAAGAAUGUAUGAAACUACUUAAGCAUUCUGAACAGACUGGGGUUUUUUUUCCCCCUGGCCUAUCAUGCAAAGAAGUUUCUGAAAACUACAAGAGAGCUCUGUGUCUGCCAAUGACUUUUUGCACCAAAACGCUUGGGUAAGUUGUUUUUUGAAUAGCCUGCAGGGUCCUUAGAAACCAUUUCGUUAUAGGUAAGUAAACAGCAUAGAGUCUGUACAGUAAAACUACCACACAGUUGGUUAAGAAGGACUAUUUUAGUAAAAGUUGCAUUUUCAAAAGUAGUCCGUUUCAGAGUUUUCCAAUCACUUUUUUUCUUUCCAGAUCACCAAAACUAAGGCCAUUCUUUCACAAGUUGUUUGAUGUGUCUUUGUUCUUAAAAACUAAAACUACUUGUGAAUUGUUGUGGCUCUUAGUGCAAACCAUUAUUCAUUGUUAUGAUGGCCUUGAAGUUGUACAAAUGUAUGAAAUGCUAUAUUGAAAUCUUGGGUCCCAGUAAGUGAGAAUUCCAGAGUUUCACCCCAUCCACUGAUGAUCAGGCAGUUGUAGGUUUGCAUGACAGAAUUGAAUUCAGGAAAUCAGGGUCCAAAGACAAAUGUUGAAAAAAACACUAAUGAUGGAAAAGGCAGAUGAUGUGAUCCCUCUUCUUUUGUAUUAUAGGCUUUAACAUAAGAAAUACAAGUUUUAAAAAGUGUUAUCCAAAGCAUUUAGCUGAUGUAGUGAACUGCUAAAUUAUCUUAGAUAUUGGUGGUGGCAAGGUUGGGGGUGAGGGUUCCAAGAUUUUCUGUUGGGUUUUUCAAUUUCAGUCAGAUACUUUACUACUUUGACCCCGAUGGUGACUUGUUCUCUGUAAUGUUCUCCUUGUGUUGACAGACUUUUGUAAAGAACUGCCAAGACAAAGAAUUCCACCAUGUGGCAAAAAGGGUAAAACUGCUACCUGGGGUAGGGUAAAACGGGAUUUAUUGCCCUGUGUGGGUUUUUUGCUUGCUUGUUUUAGUGGCAGCAACAACUACAAAAACCCUGUUAAAAGAAAUGAGGGAUGAUGGCAAAUUAUCCUUUUGUUACACAGGAUUCUGUACUUGCUGCCUCUUGAUGGCAUUGUGAGUCUCCAGGCCCCGCGUGGCAGAGGGAGCAUCUGCUCUGGGAAUUCCACAACCUUAAGUGUAUGUUGAUUAAUAUCAGUCUCAUGUGGAUUAAAUUUCAUAGAAAGAGGGAUGAAUAUCUUGAUAGCUGCAGCUUGUUGAAGGUGUAAAAACAUUUGGAGCACAAAAUAAUAACUUGUCAGAAUGAGGCUGUCUGCAUGGUAAAGCUGCUGUAUUGUUGUCUUUUUGGUAAAGGUCUUUCUGCAUUUGAACAGAUAAGAGUUAACAAAGAGUAGACACUUUAACAUAGGCUGCCUUAGCAACAAAACACAAAAUUCUGAUUUAUUUUACUAACUGUUCUGAAGAGCCUUGUCUUUCAAAUGCUGUGUAACUGAAUAUUUAUUUCCCUGUGAGUAUUAUGAAAAUUACCAAAGGAUUCAACCUUAUUUAGGAUUCUUCUUGAUGGACCCCAUUGAGAUAGGGACCGGUUGAGUCCCUGGUCUAAAACUUGGGAAGAAUCAGAGAAAACUAAGUAGAGUUCAGUGGAAACCAGAAUGUGUUUCCAAAGAGAUAUGCCUCCUGCCCCUGUCACCACUGGUGCUGCCCCCUCAGAGCAUUUUCUAUAUGCUGAAUGUCUUUUCUCUCUCAGCAAAAUGGUUUCCUUUGUUAAUUCAGUUGCAUAUUUCUCAGUCUCAUAAAACAUUUUAAACAUUUUAUGGUCUUUUUAUUUUUUUUUUAUUUUUAAGUUUUGUCUUAGAUAUCUUAUGCUGAGUUCUACUUGCCUCUGUAACCUGACAUGUACUAAUACCAUACAGCGGUUCCCUGGCUGUCUCAUUUGAGGUUGAGGCUUUGUUUCAAUGAGCAAAUAGCUCAUCUAGUAAUGUAGUGAUUUCAGUAUUUAUUUCUAUUAUUGAAUCCUUGGGGUUCAGAAUGUAACUUUGUACAUGAAAUAUAUAAAUAUGUAUAUGAAACAUGCAUGAGGUUAAGUGUCUUCUUUUGCAUUACACCAGAGGCUGAGGCCUAGCUCCUUUUGGAAGGUCAAAAUGUACCUUCCCAUAGGAAACAUUAUUUCUGAGGGACAAAGCAGUGAUCAAAAGGGAGGGGUGGAGAAGACUGGUUUGAAGAGUGUCAGUCUGGGUCACAUGUUCAUUUGAUGUGAAUAACAACAGACAAUUAGGCUUUCUAGCAAUGUGGGAUCUCUGAGUCACAGUCCACACAUGAAACUAAGACAAGCCAUUUGCCAGUAAUAACAGGCAGACUGUAAUGUCAGUUUUAAUAAUAUAGUAGAAAAUCCCAAAGGACAAUUAAAGCCAGCCAUCAUGUAGCUCACAUUGUAACCUGUGUUUGGUACAGCAAGUUUAAUUCAGUACAAUUUGUGCACUGUUGACUAUAACUUUUGUUACGUAACCUGUCCUACAACAUGCCAAUCCAUCGUUGCUUUUACCUCUCUUUUGCUAUAAAGUAUAAGCUAGUCAAAACCAUUUAAUUCUUAGAUGAGUGACCCACCCAGUGGGUUUGGGAUGCCCUAGAAUGUAAAGCAGUUAAUGGCCUUAGUCAGUCCUGGGCUGGACUUUAUCAUAAUUCCCAAUCACCUUCCUAGUGCCUGACAAGUCAUUGUUUUGGAAAUAAAUGCAUAUCAUUACUCACAGUGUAGUCAGCUCCUUCCUGACCAGACCUGCCACUGGAAAACGAAACAAAACCCACUCAGUUUUCUCCUAGACAAUGUUAAUUCCUGAAUUCUCCUUUGUGAUUUUUUUCCUCUUGCCUAUUGGAUUCCCAGAAACCUCCAGCAGCAGAGGUGACUUUCACAAACCUCUGUAUAACAAGAUGGUUUAAGUUCCUAAGUUCUCCUGUAAUUAUCCUCACAGUGUUUCUUUGUAGUUCAGUCAAGGACCUUAGUAUAAAAUAGCUAGUUAAAUUUUAGCAAUUAUUGGUUUCUCUUAGGGAAUUUAUAUCAUGAUUUUGUUGUUAAGCAUUUCUCUUAGGCCCUGUUUAUUGGGCGGUAUGCCUGAUGGCAAGCCUAGGGGAUUUCCCUGAUCUUCAUGAAGCAAUUUGUUUUCUCCCAUUACCAGAGAUGCCACUGGGUAGAUGGAAUUGGAUUUCUCAGGUGGUUUAAGCAUUUCCAGAACAGCUUCAAAUUUAGGGGACCAAGUACCAAAGCAUUGAGUCCAAUGCACAUAAAGAAGUCAUGACUUUAUUUCUCUCUUAAGGAGAGGUGGACAGACAAGCCUCAUCUCAACUGAGCCGCCUCUUUAGCCAGGCCCAACAAACCUAGAGAAAAGGAGUUCACUGGCUGCCCGGUUAGGUUCACAAGCAUCUAAAACUAGAAGCAUAGUUUCCAAAUGUAUUCUUAGCUAGAUACAACCAGGAUAUGAUGAGCAUGUACAUGUAGCCUUAAUACAGGAUAAAUCUGGUAUUUCCAUUCUGAUAUAUCUGGAGUAAGGACAGCAUAUUGGACAUCAAAUAUGACCUCCAUCUCCAUUUUUUCUUAGCCUUUCACAUGGAGUGGCUCCCUUAAACCUCACCUUCAAGGAAAAUUACUCUCCCACCAGGGUUAUGAACUUGGAAAAUCCUCUGUGAUGACAAUCUCCUAUCCUUCCAUUUCUCCCCUGUCUCCCUGCUCUUAUACUGAUUCUUCAUCCUUCAUCCUUCCUCUGAGACCUCCCAUCUCUAUCCCUCUUUUCUCCCUAUCCUGGUUCUAGCCUCAUUCCUCUCCUUGGUGGUAUUCACCUUAUACAUAACCAGUUCUAGGCACUGUCUUCUACUCUUGUCCCUUUGCCCUUCUACUGUGCAAUGGCUUGCCGGUCCUCAGCCCUGGAUCCCCACCGCCAUAGGCCUUCUCUUCCUGUACUCCUUACCUGUGGAAUGUUGCAGUCACAAACAGCUGGAUCUUCUACAAGCUCAUGUAAUCAGACCCUUAACUAGGCCCUCACUGCUGCGCACAAGUUGUUUUAUUCACCUGACCCAAGCACUCCCUACAGUGGUAUCUAGACCUUUUCUGUUCUCAUCAACUCCCCUUGCGCCACUCCCAUCACCUUCCUCUCUCAGCAGAUGGCCAUACCACCUACUUUACUGAGAAAAUGACAGGUUAUCUUCAUGAGCCUCUUCACAAAGAUGAAGGGACCCUUCUUUCUAAGAUUUAUCCCUCCUUGUAGUCCAUUCACUAAUCCCAUACCCUCUUUCCCCCUCCCCUGGUUUGCCCCAUUGAGGGUGGUCCUGCUAGUAGGUGUCUGAAGCAGGAUUUGAAUUCACAUCUCCCUGACUUCAAGGCCAGCACGUUCUCCACCAUACUGCCUUACUGGCAAAAAAGGAUCAAGUUCGACUUUUGGUCCCUGAAGUCCCUUCUAGGGGACUUCUAGAUACUAUGAUCCUUUCUAUUCAUGAGUACAAACCAAAGCAUUAAAAACCUUCAGUGUAGGGCAGCUAGGUGGUGCAGUGGAUAAAGCACCGGCCCUGGAUUCAGAAGGACCUGAGUUCAAAUACAGCCUCAGACACAUGACACUAGCUGUGUGACCCUGGGCAAGUCACUUGACCCUCAUUGCCCUGCUCAAAAAAAAAAAACCAAACCUUCAGUGGGUUUCUCAGUUAAAUAUGGUAGAAAGGGCCAUGGACAAGAGGUUUGGAAGAGCCUGGAAUCUUUUCCUGACUGCUGUUUGGCCACAUGACUGAAAGUUGCUUCUCAGCUUCAGUUCUUUCGUUUGUAAAAUGAUAAUAAAAAUGCCUUCUGUUAAAAGGAUUGUUGUCUUGAGCCAACAAAACGAUGUAUGUGAAAUUGCUCUGUCAGCUGUAAGGCAGCAUCCAAAUAUGAGAUGUUAUUACUUCUUUCACUACCUUUUAGCUAUUUUUUAAAAGUUUUUGUGGAGGAAGGCUUUGGACAAAUCAUAUCUGCCCACUUGGUGAAUCCACUCUGUUAAUAAAAGAUUGCAUUUUUUUUUA